AGGACAAUAACUGUGCUUCCGUCCAUUCUGGUUCAAGUGCAAGAACGUCAGGCUGUGAAAUGGCAUGCGUAAACAUCCAUGAAUCAGGUCCCACAUUAACUGACACAAUAUUAUAUAUCAAACGCAUAAAUAAUGAGCGAAGCUACCUUGCUGACAUCAGUACAGAAGGAAUUGACCAUGAGAUCAAGCAAAAGAAAAUCAAAUUGCGCCCACGUAAGCUAUUUGCCUCUCCGGAUGUGCAGGUCCCCGGCGAGCAACUGUCCAGUACUUCUGGGAAUAACACUUCCACAGCGGCCACGGACCCCUUGGACGGGAGCAGUUCUGAUGUCAGAAUGAUGUGCAAACAAAUUAGCAAAGAAUUUGCCAGGAAAAUUCAGAAUCGCUCUAGAAAAAUGGAUUAUUUUACGAAGCAGUCUCUCAAGUCAGCCCAGAAACACUUGACCUCAGUAGAUGUUCAAGUCCGAGAAUGCCGAAUAAUGCGUCUGGAGAAAUUCCACCAGACAGUGCUGGAAGAGCUUGAGAAUUUUGAAAAAGAUUCCCAAGCAUUAAAGCAGAUGGAAAAAGAGUUUUCAAAUUUCUGGAGCCAGCAGACACAAACCUUAAACUUUUAUCACAAGAAUGAGCAGAGAAGGAUUAACUCUCUGAAGGCUUCCUUUGAAAUGAAUAUUUCUCACAGCACGGACUACGAGGAAAAGAUUUUUAAUUCUGAAAUGCAUGCUAUGAAGGAAAAUAUGAAGGCGGUUCAGGAACGACUUCUAAAAGAAAUGCAAGAAGAAGAGCUGCUCAGUGUACGGAGAGGACUUCAGUCCCUGUUUAUGUCUGGCACUGGUCCAUUCUAAUUUGUUCUGAUCAGAAUGAAAUUUUAUGUUAUUUUAACUAUAUUGUUAAUUCAUAAUGUUUUACACAAUUUCAUGUCAUUUUAGUGACCUCUCCAUCAAGAAAUUAUUUUGCUGUUUACUACUACAUUUAAAUUAAAUAUUCAAUGAUGAA